AUGGUCGUCCUUAGCAAGAUUUUCAGCUGCGCGCUCUUCCUCUCGUUGGGCUCGGCUGCAGCCAUCGACAUACGCCAGACCUCCAGCAUCAACAAUGCCUUCAAGUCCCACGGCAAGAAGUACUUUGGCACCUGCGGCGACCAGAACACUCUAUCCAUCCCGCAGAACUCAGCCAUCAUAAAGGCAGACUUUGGCGCCCUGACGCCCGAGAAUAGCAUGAAGUGGGAUGCCACUGAGCCUUCCCGGGGAAAAUUCAACUUUGCCGGCGCGGAUCACCUGGUCAACUAUGCUAAGCAGAAUGGCAAGCUGGUCCGGGGCCACACCCUAGUCUGGUACUCUCAGCUCCCCGCGUGGGUUAAGGCCAUCUCGGACAAGCAGACCCUGACCUCGGUGCUGAAGAACCACAUUACCACCGUCAUGAGCCGCUACAAGGGCCAGGUCUACGCUUGGGACGUGGUCAACGAGAUCUUCGAGGAGAACGGCAGCCUGCGCAACAGUGUCUUCUAUCGUGUGCUGGGCGAGGAUUUUGUGCGCAUUGCUUUUGAGACGGCGCGCGCCGUCGAUCCCCAUGCGAAGCUGUACAUCAACGACUACAACCUCGACUCCGCCAACUAUGGCAAGACCCAGGCUAUGGUCAAGCAUGUCAAGAAGUGGCUGGCUGCUGGGAUCCCCAUCGACGGCAUCGGCUCGCAAUCCCAUCUUAGUCAAGCUCUGUCGGCCCUUGCUUCCACUGGUGUCUCCGAAAUCGCCAUCACCGAGCUGGAUAUCAAGGGUGCCAACCCCAGCGAGUAUGUGGCCGUGACCAAGGCAUGCCUGGAGGUGAAAAAGUGCAUCGGCAUCACCGUCUGGGGUGUCUCCGACAAGAACUCCUGGCGCAAGGACAAUUCGCCCUUGCUGUUCGACCGCAACUACAACCCCAAGCCGGCUUACAAUGCCAUUAUUGCCGCUCUGUAA